AUGAAAACCGCGACUGUGCUGGCUUCGGCGUUUUCGCUGGUCGCCGCUCUGCCUAACUGUGUCGGAAAGAGAGCUAGUAAUGGAACACUCAUUGUAGAUGAAGCUCCUCAGUACCUUCGACCAUACGCUCUGCGCAAGGGUGCUGGCCAAGCCGUCCAAGUUGGUUCACAAGUAUACCGUUUCGCUGUUACUGGCAAUUCUUCUGAUGGUGCCUUCACCUUGAUGAACACCAAUGCGCCUGACAAGACAGGUCUCGGUGUCUUGCCUCACAUCCACAAGGAGCACUAUGAGAACUUCUACUGCACCAAGGGUAGAGUUCAAAUCUGGGCGGAGACCAACGCGACGGGAGAAGCUGCUCGAGUCCUGACGCAGGGAGACUACGGUGCUGUCCCGCAAAACACCAUCCACACCUUCCAGAUCACAGACCCCGAUACCCAACUCACUGGUGUCAUUCAGCCAGGUGGUUUCGAGGCUCUCUUCAUUGCCCUCGGUACUGAUUACGAGUCUCCUUUGGGCUCCGAGUUCGUUCCCGCCGAUAUUGCAGACGAAGCAGGCUCCGAUGCUUCCCUGAUCACAGCUCUUGAAGCGUUUGACGUCUACGCCCAGCUCGACUUCAACCCUCGCCGGGACAUUGUCAACGGCAGUGCUGGUGGUGAGGCAAACUGGCACAACGGGUCAAACGCUCUCGCCGCCGAUGAGGUGACCCCUAACUUCGUCGCCAAGAACCAGGGCCCCAAAUAUCUGAACACCGACGACGGUGUCUACCGCUUGAUCAGCCCGCUUGCAACUGGUGCGCAGACCGCCGACAACUUCACUAUGGGUAAUAUAGUCAUCAGCCCGCUGCUCGCGAAUCAGAUUGCCACCACAGUGUCUUACACGCAGCCGCUUGCGUUCCAGUUGGAGGAGGGUCAGCUUGCCGUCGAGGUCGAUGGUUAUGACACCAUUUCCCUGAUCCAGGGCGACGUUAUUUUCGUCCCCGCUGAGACAUCUUUCAGCUAUUACGCGACAGCUGCAUACACCAAGCUGCUAUACGUUAGCGGAGGAGGCGACGGAAUUGACUAUCAGCUGCUUUCGAAAGCAGAGUCCUGGGACUACGCGACUUAUCCGGUGGUUGCAGGAUAUACCGCAUCUUACUAG